AUGUCGACCAUGCUGCGACUUGAGCUCAAGUUCCCCUCUCUCAUCCUGAUCUUUCUAUAUUUGGCAAUACUUUACCUCGUCAGCUUGGUCCUAUACCGGCUGUUUUUGCAUCCAGUCUGCUCAUUCCCUGGCCCCAAACUCGCCGCAGCAACCAAAUGGUACGAAUUCUAUUACGACGUCCUAAACGCGCCUGGAGGUCAAUUCUCGCGCCACGUUGAAGAGCUGCAUCGACAGUACGGACCCAUCGUUAGGAUCAAUCCCGACGAGCUCCACAUUUCCGAUCCAGACUUCUACGAAACACUUUACUCCCAGAGCAAAAGGGACAAAUGGCCACCCGCCGCUGGUAUUGCUGGAUGGGACGUAUACCCGCACGCCACAGUCGAUCAUGAUAUGCACCGCCAGCGCAGGGCUGCGGCCAACCCGUUGAUGUCGAGGAAGGCGGUGGUUGAAGCUAUACCGAUGAUUCAGCAGCAGCUCGACAAGCUCGUGGAGGUGUUUAGCAAGUCUGUACAGAACGAGGAGGCCAUCGAACUGGGUACAGUUUUCCUCGCUUUCACAACUGACGUCGCUGGGCAGUACUUCUUCAGUGAAACCCUCGGGAUGCAGGAUGAUCAUGGAAAAGCCGCAGCCUGGAAGCAUACAACUCACGGCAUUGCUCGGGCUACUCCGAUCGUCAAACAGUUUCCUGGCAUCAUGAAGCCUGCUUUGAAGAUACCGCUGUCCGUGUGGAAAAUCAUGGAUCCAAUUGCAGCGGUGCUCUUGCAACUCCACUACGAUUUGGAUGGGAAAGCUCGACAGUUUCUGAACACCGUUGCGAGAAAUGGGGAAGCGAAAAUGCUCAACGACAGUGGCCGGCCGUUGACUAUAUUUCAUGCCGUCUAUCAGAACCCUGGUCCUGAUUCAAACAGACUUCACGAGCGGUUGACAGACGAAGCCUUCAGCAUGAUCGUUACAGGGGGUGAAACCUCCGCAAAAGUCUUAACGCGGGCGAUCUACUACCUUGCGGUCGACGAGCCUGCUUUUCAACGCCUGAGGGCAGAGCUUCGCGAAGCGUUAGAAAGAGCCAAUAGGAAUGCCUCAGCGCUCACAUUGUUGGAGUUAGAACGACUACCAUGGUUGACAGCCAUCAUCCGAGAAAGUCUCCGCAUCAGUGCUCUAGUGACUUCACGGCUCCCUCUGCAGCCACACACGCCGUUGCAGUAUGACAGAUGGAUCAUCCCAGCCAUGACUCCAGUCAGCCUCUCGCCGUACGACGUGCUGAAAGAUCCUACCAUAUACCCGAAUCCGGACAACUUCGAGCCUGCUCGCUGGCUGCAAACAACCAAUGACGGCCAGGAGAAGGUUCGACUGGACCUCGAGCGUUACUUUGUUCCAUUCGGCAAAGGUCCAAGGAUGUGUCAGGGUGUAAAUCUCGCUUGGGCCGAGCUUUACCUAGCUCUCGCUGCGCUUGUUCCACGAUUUGAUUUCGAGUUGCACGACGUCGUGAAGGAACGUGAUAUCGACUACUCCGGCGAUUUCUUCCUGGGUGAAGUUCGUGCGGAUAGCAAAGGCGUCCACGUCAAGGUCCAUGCAGUCUAG